AGCCACAGCGGGGGAACCCAGUUUCCGAGGAACUUUUCGCCGGCGCCCGGCCGCCACCGGGGCCAGGACAGGACGCGAACGCGCGCGGCGGCGGCAGCGGGUCGGGGCCGGCGGACGCGACACUCGCUGCGAAAGUCCGUACGCGGCGGCGGGCCCGGCGGGCCGCCCGGAGGAGGCAACUGCGCCAUGGACGAGCCGCCCUUCAGCGAAGCGGCCUUGGAGCAGGCGCUGGCCGAGCCGUGCGAGCUGGAUGCGGCGCUGCUGACCGACAUCGAAGGUGAGGUUGGGACGGUGGUCUGCGGUGCGCGGAGACCGGCAGGCCAGCCGCCGGGGCGCCCCGAAGGGGCGGCGGGCGCGGGCCGCGGAGCCAUGGAUUGCACGUUCGAAGACAUGCUUCAGCUCAUCAACAACCAAGACAGCGACUUCCCGGGCCUGUUCGACCCACCCUAUGCUGGCGGUGGGGCAGGGGGCACAGACCCUGCCAGUCCUGAUGCCAGCUCCCCGGGCAGCUUGUCUCCAUCUCCUGCCACCAUGAGCUCCCCACUCGAAGGCUUCCUGGGGGGACCCAAGGCGACACCUCCACCCUUGUCCCCUCCCCAGCCUGCACCCACCUCAUUGAAGAUGUACCCGUCUGUGCCUGCCUUCUCCCCUGGGCCUGGUAUCAAGGAGGAGCCAUUGCCGCUGACUAUCCUGCAGCCCCCAACCCCGCAGCCCCUGCCGGGGUCCCUCUUGCCCCAGAGCUUUCCGGCCCCAGCCCCACCGCAGUUCAGCUCUGCCCCUGUGUUGGGCUAUCCCAGCCCCACUGGAGGCUUCUCCACAGGGACCCCUCCAGGGAACACCCCGCAGCCGCUGCCUGGCCUGCCACUGGCUUCCCUGCCAGGGGUCCCGCCCGUCUCCUUGUACACCCAGGUUCAGAAUGCGGCCCCCCAGCAGCUGUUGACAGCCACGGCCACCCCCACAGCAGCCCCUGGAACAACCACCGUGACCUCGCAGAUCCAGCAGGUCCCGGUCCUGCUGCAGCCCCACUUCAUCAAGGCGGACUCUCUGCUUCUGACGACCAUGAAAACAGACGUGGCGGCCACCGUGAAGACGGCGGGUAUCAGCUCCCUGGCCCCUGGCACGGCUGUACAGACAGGGCCCUUGCAGACCCUGGUGAGCGGAGGAACCAUCCUGGCCACAGUGCCGCUGGUAGUGGACACCGAGAAGCUGCCCAUCAACCGGCUGGCAGCCGGCGGCAAGGCCCCGGGCUCGGCCCAGAGCCGUGGCGAGAAGCGCACAGCCCACAACGCGAUUGAGAAACGCUACCGCUCCUCCAUCAACGACAAAAUCGUCGAGCUCAAGGACCUGGUGGUGGGCACUGAGGCGAAGCUGAAUAAGUCUGCUGUCUUGCGCAAGGCCAUCGAUUAUAUCCGCUUCCUGCAACAGAGCAACCAGAAGCUCAAGCAGGAGAACCUGAGUCUCCGCACGGCUGCCCACAAAAGCAAAUCUCUGAAGGACCUGGUAUCAGCCUGUGGCAGUGGAGGAAACACAGACGUGCCCAUGGAGGGCAUGAAGCCCGAGGUGGUGGACACGCUGAGCCCGCCACCCUCCGACGCCGGCUCGCCCUCUCAGAGCAGCCCCUUGUCCCUUGGCGGCAGGAGUAGUGGCAGUGGUGGCAGUGGCAGUGACUCAGAGCCCGACAGCCCAGUCUUUGAGGACAGCCAGGUGAAGCCGGAGCAGCUGCUGUCCCCUCACGGCCGGGGCAUGCUGGACCGUUCCCGCCUGGCCUUGUGCACACUCGUCUUCCUCUGUCUCUCCUGUAACCCCUUGGCCUCCCUGCUGGCCAGCCGGGGUCUCCCCACCCCCUCGGAUGCCAGCAGCACCUACUACCGUCCUGGGCGCAGCGUGCUGGGCACCGAGGGCAGAGAUGGCCCUGGCUGGGCCCCCUGGCUGCUGCCCCCACUGGUCUGGCUGACCAAUGGGUUGCUGGUGCUGGUCUUCUUGGCGCUCCUCUUUGUCUACGGCGAGCCGGUCACACGGCCCCACUCAGGCCCCGCCGUGCACUUUUGGAGGCAUCGCAAGCAGGCUGACCUGGAUCUGGCCCGGGGGGACUUUGCCCAGGCCGCCCAGCAGCUGUGGCUGGCCCUGCGGGCGCUGGGCCGGCCACUGCCCACCUCCCACCUGGACCUGGCCUGUAGCCUGCUCUGGAACCUCAUCCGCCACCUGCUGCAACGGCUGUGGGUGGGCCGUUGGCUGGCAGGCCGGGCAGGGGGCCUGCAGAGGGACUGCGCCCUGCAGGCGGAUGCCCGCACCAGCGCCCGAGACGCAGCGCUCGCCUACCACAAGCUGCACCAGCUGCACACCAUGGGGAAGUACACAGGCGGGCACCUGGCUGCCGUCAACCUGGCACUGAGUGCCCUGAACCUGGCGGAAUGCGCGGGGGAUGCCGUAUCCCUGGCCACACUGGCUGAGAUCUACGUGGCCGUCGCGCUGAGGGUCAAGACCAGUCUCCCGAGAGCCUUGCAUUUUCUGACACGCUUCUUCCUGAGUAGUGCCCGCCAGGCCUGCCUGGCCCAGAGUGGCUCGGUGCCUCUUGCCAUGCAGUGGCUGUGCCACCCUGUGGGCCACCGUUUCUUCGUGGAUGGGGACUGGGCCGUGUGCAGUGCCCCGAGGGAGAGUCUGUACAGCUUGGCCGGCAACCCAGUGGACCCCUUGGCCCAGGUGACUCAGCUCUUCCGCGAACACCUCUUGGAGCGAGCACUGAAUUGUGUGGCUCAACCCAGUCCCAGCCCUGGAUCAGCUGAUGGGGACAGGGAAUUCUCAGACGCCCUUGGGUACCUGCAGCUGCUGAACAGCUGUUCUGAUGCUGCCGGGGCCCCAGCCUGCAGCUUCUCCAUCAGCUCCAGCGUGGCCACCGCCACCGGCACAGACCCCGUGGCCAAGUGGUGGGCCUCACUGACGGCCGUGGUGACCCACUGGCUGCGGCGUGACGAGGAGGCGGCCGAGCGGCUGUACCCGCUGGUGGAACACCUGCCCCGCGCCCUGCAGGAGUCCGAGAGACCCCUGCCCAGGGCGGCUCUGCACUCCUUCAAGGCUGCCCGGGCCGUCCUGGGCCGCAGGAAGGCAGAGUCUGGUCCGGCCAGCCUGGCCAUCUGUGAGAAGGCCAGCGGGUACCUGCAGGACAGCCUGGCCACCACACCAGCUGGCGGCUCCAUUGACAAGGCCAUGCAGCUGCUCCUGUGUGACUUGCUCCUUGUGGCACGAACUAGCCUGUGGCGGCGGCAGCAGCCGCCCGCGCCCACCCAGGCCUCGCAGGGCCCCGGCACUGGGGCCCAGGCCUCCGCCCUCGAACUGCGUGGCUUCCAGCGGGACCUGAGCGGCCUGAGGCGCCUGGCGCAGAGCUUCCGGCCUGCCAUGCGGAGGGUGUUCCUACACGAGGCCACGGCCCGGCUAAUGGCAGGGGCCAGCCCCACGCGGACACACCAGCUCCUGGACCGCAGUCUGAGGAGGAGGACAGGCCCCUGCGGCAAAGGCGCAGCGGCGGAGCUGGAACCGCGGCCCACGCGGAGGGAGCACGCCGAGGCCUUGUUACUGGCCUCCUGCUACCUGCCCCCCGGCUUCCUGUCGGCUCCAGGGCAGCGCGUGGGCAUGCUGGCCGAGGCGGCGCGCACGCUCGAGAAGCUCGGCGAUCGCCGCCUGCUGCACGACUGCCAGCAAAUGCUCAUGCGCCUGGGCGGCGGGACCACCGUCACCUCCAGCUAGACCCCUCGCCGGCGGCCCCAGCGCCCCGGUGUCCUUCGGCCUGUGUGCCGGGACGGAGCCUCGACGGCCAAAGGCAGCGACAGAGACGGUCCACCCACGGACGGCACUGUCUCCUUGGGGGGGGAUGGAGAUGGGAGGCACUCAGGUGCUUUUGCUGCCUCUUGACCUGGGAGGCCGGAGGGGGCGCGAGCCCACCACCCCGACUGCGCCCCAACUGAAGAGGGAAGAGAGGCGGCCAGCAUGGUGCUGACCUCUGGUGGCCGAUCGGGGGAUUGCAGGGGCCUGGCCGGCCGAUGUCACCUCCUGGCUCUGUAGGCACCCGGUGGCUUUUCCCCCUUCUGUCUCAGAGAGGGGUACAUUUCACUGAGCUGAGGGGGGCCGACUUGGCUUUCCCAGCCAGCAAGGGGGCCCUACUCCAAGGCGCCUCUCUCCCUUCUGGAGAGACUUGUACAUAGUGUAGAUCAGGCGCACCAGCCUCCUGGCCUCUGAGGCUCAAGUGUUACUUUGCCUUUUGCAAACUUUAUUUUCAUAGGUGAGAAGUUUUGUACAGAGAAUAAAAAAUGAAAUUAUUUAUAA